AUGCGCCGCGUCUUCGCCCUCGCGACGUCGAGGGAGGUGCGCGGGGUCACCGCGGACUCGCUGCGGUGCGCGUCGAGGGCGGAGACGUCGAAGGGGACGGAGAUUCGAACGCGAGCGGUGACGUCGAGCGCGCGGGCGUCGAUUGGAAGACGCGGUGGCGCGGACGCGAACGCGCGCGAGGCGAACGCGACGGGCGCAAAGUACCUCGGGGCGAUGGUCGUCGCGGUCGUGGGCGCGACGUACGCGAGCGUGCCGCUGUAUAGGAUGUUUUGUCAAGCCACCGGGUUCGGCGGGACGACGCGGCGGGCGACGCUGGAGGAAAAGUUAGAGAGCGAAGCGUGGAGUAAGGAGGCGCGGGAUGAGGCGAGUAAGCGGGAGAUUAAGAUUUAUUUUAAUGCCGACGUGGCGGAGGGGAUGCCGUGGCGAUUUCGACCGACGCAGAAGAGCGUGACGGUGCGUCCGGGCGAGAGCGCGCUCGCGUUUUACACGGCGAAGAAUAACAGCUCGACGCCGGUGACCGGCGUGGCGACGUACAACGUACAGCCGAACAAGGUGGGACAAUACUUUAACAAGGUGCAGUGUUUUUGUUUCGAGGAGCAGCGCCUGAGGGGGAAGGAGGAGGUGGACAUGCCGGUGUUGUUUUACGUCGACCCGGAGUUCGCCAGAGACCCGGCGAUGCGAGACGUGCGGUCCCUCGUGCUCUCCUACACCUUCUUCAAGAGUGACGAUUUCGACGAAGACGAGGACGAGGGUGACGUUCGAGCGAGCGGCGUUCGCGUGCACGCCCCGUCCGCGCCGAUCACCACCGCGUCCGCACAGAGCCGUAGACGAGACGAUUCGCGUUGA